AUGGACUCGGACGCCAGCCUGGUCUCCAGCCGCCCGUCCUCCCCGGAGCCCGAUGACCUCUUCCUCACGGCCAGGAAUAAAGGCAGCGGCGGGGGUUUCACGGGCGGCACCGUGUCCAGCUCCACGCAGAGCGACUCCCCGCCGGAGCUGAGCGCCGAGCUGCGCAGCGCCAUGAGCGCUGCGGGGGUGGUGGUGGUGGACAAGCUGGGCUUCAAGUCCUCGUCGUCGUCCUCCUCCUCGUCCUCGUCCUCCUCCUCCAAGAAGGACAAGAAGCAGAUGACGGAGCCGGAGCUGCAGCAGCUGCGGCUGAAGAUCAACAGCCGGGAGCGCAAGCGGAUGCACGACCUGAACAUCGCCAUGGACGGGCUGCGGGAGGUGAUGCCCUACGCCCACGGCCCGUCGGUGCGCAAGCUCUCCAAGAUCGCCACGCUCCUCCUGGCGCGCAACUACAUCCUCAUGCUCACCAACUCCCUGGAGGAGAUGAAGCGCCUGGUCAGCGAGAUCUACGGCGGGCACCACGCCGGCUUCCACCCCGCCGCCUGCCCCGGCGGCAUGGGCGCCCACUCCGCCCCGUUGCCCGGCCACCCGGGCCACCCCGCCUCGCACCCCGUCCACCACCCCAUCCUGCCCCCCGCCGCCGUCUCCAGCGCCUCCCUGCCCGGCUCCGGCCUCUCGGCCGUCAGCUCCAUCCGACCCCCCCACGGGCUCCUCAAGUCGCCCUCGGCCGCCGCCGCCGCCCCGCUGGGCAGCGGCUUCCAGCACUGGGGGGGGAUGCCCUGCCCCUGCAGCAUGUGCCAGGUGUCGGCCCCGCCGCACCACCACGUCUCCGGCAUGGGCACCGCCAGCCUCCCCAGAUUAGCCACCGACACCAAAUGA